CUCACUCUCCACAUCAAAACUCAUUCUCUGAAAAAGAAAAGAGUAAACUUUCGUUCAUUUCUCAACCUCAAAUGGCUCGUACCAAGCAAACGGCAAGAAAAUCCACCGGAGGAAAGGCUCCGAGGAAGCAGCUGGCGACGAAAGCGGCGAGGAAAUCUGCUCCGGCCACCGGAGGAGUGAAGAAGCCGCACAGAUUCCGUCCCGGAACUGUCGCAUUGAGAGAGAUCAGGAAGUACCAGAAGAGCACCGAGCUUCUGAUCCGCAAGCUUCCCUUCCAGCGUCUUGUCCGUGAGAUCGCUCAGGAUUUCAAGACGGAUCUGAGGUUCCAGAGCAGCGCCGUCGCGGCUCUCCAGGAGGCGGCGGAGGCUUACCUCGUUGGGCUGUUCGAGGACACGAACCUUUGUGCGAUUCACGCGAAGAGGGUCACCAUCAUGCCUAAAGAUAUCCAGCUCGCGAGGAGGAUCAGGGGUGAGAGGGCUUGAAGCGGAGAUGAUGAAGAAGAAGGAGAAGAACAAUGGUUUCUUAAAUUUGCUUUUAACUACUUUGGUUUGUUUAAAUCAGUUCGUGUAAAUCUUUUUAUUAAAAGUGUUUUUCAAGUCUUUUGAUUUGAUGAAUGUCUCUACAUGAAUAUCAAUCUAGUGUUAUUUUAUCUA